AUGGCUGGCUUCCUGUGCAAACAGUACCUAGUCAAGUCCAUAUUGAUCUUCUUGCUAAUGAAAAGUAAAUUGUGCUCCUUUGACUAUAUUUCUGCUUAUGUCUCUCCCGUGCUGACCGACCGGAGGAUCCCGGAUCCCUUUGUGGAUGCCAAUGAACUGGCGGUACAAUGGAUUGCAGAGAAAGACUGGAUCUACCGAACCAAAUUCUCUGUCCCAUCUAGUAGCGAUGGUGUAACUACGGAUCUUGUCUUUCUUGGACUGGAUACCUUUGCGACCGUAACCGUGAACGGAACUACGGUCCUUCAGUCAGAAAACAUGCAUAUUUCCCACAGGGUGCAUAUCUCGGAGCAUCUUCGUCAAGAUGGAGAAGGCAAUGAGCUACAGAUUGUGUUCCACUCUGCCCGUCAGGCAGGGGACAAACUCAUCGAACAGCAUCCAGAGCACGUCUUCCAUGUCCGCCAGACUGAAGCAAGCCGGAUUCCGGUACGCAAAGCUCAAUACAACUGGGGCUGGGACUGGGGUCCUAUCCUGAUGACAGCUGGUCCAUGGCGCCCUGUUAUCCUGGAGCAGUACACAUACAGGAUAGACGAUGUCUGGGCGCAGUAUGAGAUAUCCGCAGAUAACAAGACCUGUUCCGGAAACUUGUACGCGCGAAUCAAGGCAGCUGCGGCACAGAAGGUUGACGCCGACUUUGAUGUGAUUUUGUCGCUGUCUUACGAAGAGAAGGUAAUGUUCGAGCAGAAAUGUCGUCCUGCGCCUGAUGGUUUAGCAAAGGCCAUCUUCCAACUAGAUUCGCCUGCCCUAUGGUACCCCCACGGGUAUGGGACGCAACCCCGGUACCAACUAUCCGCAAAGCUCGUCCAUGCGGCUAAUGCAGAACUGGACGAGCGAGUCAAGCUCAUUGGACUUCGUCGCUGUGAACUCAUACAAGUGAAAGACGAGUUCGGCAAGUCAUUCUACUUCCGCAUCAACGAGAUCGAUGUGUUUGCCGGCGGGUCAUGCUGGAUCCCAGCCGAUAGCUAUCUUGCACAAAUAUCAAAAGAUCGAUACUUCAAUUGGAUGAAACUCAUGGUGGAAUCCAAUCAAAUCAUGCUCCGCGUAUGGGGUGGUGGCAUCUACGAGGAUAAUGCCCUCCUAGACGCAUGCGAUCAGCUGGGUAUCAUGGUCUGGCAUGACUUUGCCUUCGCUUGUGCCAACUACCCCGUCUACGACGCUUUCCUCAAAUCAGUUGAGGAAGAAGCCAGACAGAAUAUCAGGAGAUUGCGAUCUCACCCCUCUGUUGUUAUCUGGGCCGGAAACAACGAAGACUACCAGGUCCAGGAGAGAUACAAACUUGAGUAUGACUUUGAAAAUAAGGACCCGGAGUCAUGGAAGCAGUCCACAUUCCCCGCGAGAUAUAUUUACGAGUACCUGAUGCCCAGGUGGGUAAAGGAAGAAGAUCCAUCCUGCAUUUAUCAUCCUAGCAGUCCCUGGGGCGACGGUAAACCCACGGCGGACCAAACAGUGGGCAAUAUUCACCAGUGGGACCUCUGGCAUGGCCCAAUGAGCAGAUAUCAGGAUAGUGCCGACCUCUCUGGGCGUUUCGUGAGCGAGUUCGGAAUGGAGGCCUACCCUCAUCUCGGGACUCUUCGCCGGGUCAUUACGGAUCCCAAGCAACAACGCCCAGGCACGAUGAUGAUGGACUUCCGUAACAAAGCGCGUGAGCAUCAACGCCGUAUGCUGACGUAUGUCACGGAGAACUUCCUCGUGCCGUCCGAUCUCCCAACCUUCACCCACGUUACUCAAAUCCUGCAGGCUGAAACGAUGCGCUAUGCAUACAAAGCCUGGAGGCGAAUGUGGGGACAGCCGGGAUCUCGACGAUGCGGUGGUGUAUUAGUGUGGCAGCUCAAUGACUGCUGGCCGACAAUCUCCUGGGCUGUGGUUGAUUACUACUUGAUCCGUAAGCCUGCGUUUUACGCCAUCGCCCGAGCCCUGAAGCCGCUGGAUGUGGGUAUAUCGCGGAACUGCCCUGUGUGGACUUCCGGACAUGCCGAUCCAUUCUCCUGCACCAAUUCAGAUGAGUUUGAACUCUGGAUCGCGAGUAGUGAGCAAGAAACGGUUGAAGUUGACAUCACAGUCAAGUUCAUCUCCAUAGAGUCGGGGGAGCUGGUCAGUGAGACGAUUGAUACCAGGACACUUGCGAAGCCAAACUCCACUACUGAAGUCCUUGCAAAGCAACUCGUCAAGGUUCACAAUGCUUCUGCCGGCACCUUCGAUCCGUUCGUCAUUUACGCGGUGAUAUCGGUUGGGGGUCAGGUGGUGGCAACGGACACGGCCUGGCCACAGCCAUUGAAGUAUCUGGACUUCUCGAACCGAAAUAUCAAGGAGGACUUCUCGCCGUCCGGGGAUGCGGUUACUGUUUCGGCGGAUCUCCCAGUAAAGGGAUUCGUCUUUGAAGAGAGGGAAGGAUUGAAGCUGAGCGACAACGGAUUUGAUCUAAUGCCAGGGGAGAAGAAAGUCAUCACGGUCAAUGGGAAGGAUGUAUCGGCCAAAGAGCUUAAGUGGACAUAUGUUGGGGCAUAG